CCUCACUCUCGGUCCACCACUCCCAUCUCCUCUCACAUUAAUCCCCCUUUACUAAUUCCUCUUCUCCCACUAUUAUUAAAAGCUCUUUUCACGAGCUCCUCAAAAUCAAAAGUAGGAAAAAAACCCCCUUGUUUUUAUUCCUCCUCCGCCCACCCCGCUCCAAUUGUUUCAACGGUCCCCAAAUCCUCACCUCCUCCAGAAUCAGCCAUGAAACCCUCGAAGUCCAACAGGAGUAAAGCGAAAAAGAAGCGGAAGCCCUCGUCCCCUUCCCCCGCCCAGCCUCAAUUCCCCUCCCUCUCCAUCGACAAGCCGGUCCAUCUCGGAUCCGACGCCGACGGCGUCGAUGAGCGGCGGAGCGAAACGCUAACCCUAGCUUGGCUCACCAGCGCCUUCUCCUCUGUUCCCUUCGAGCAGAUCGCCUCCGCUUAUGCAGAGUCCGGCCGCGAUCCCUUCAAGGCCGCCGGAAUCCUCACUUCGACGAUGAAACCCUCGGAAUCGAAUAACGGAGGCGGUAAUAAGAAGAAGAUGAAGAAGAAGAAGCGGAAUCCCUCGUUACCUUCACUCCCUCAAUCCGAGCAAAUACCCCGUUGGGGAUCAGACACUGAAGGAGAGGACGAGCAGAAUGAAACCCUAGACCUAAAUUGGCUUACCGGAGCGUUUUCUUCUCUUUCAUUUGAUCAGAUUGCCUCGGCUUACACUGAGGCGGGUCGUGAUCCCUUCAAGACCGCUGGAAUUCUCGGCGCUCAGUUGGAAGAUCCUGAGGAUGCGUUGCAGGCAGUGGCGGAAAUUGAGGAGGAGAAGAGGAAGAAGAAGAAGAAGGCGGUUGCGGCUUCGAGUGGGAUCGUUGCGGAUGUUAUUGGGAGGGAGUAUGUUAAACCCUCUUCGAAUGGGAGGAGGGAGGUGAAGAAUGGGAAUGGGAAGGAUAGGAAGUACAGUGUGGAGGAAGGGGAGGAGUUCUUGUGCUCGAUGCUCGGGGAGAGUUCGGAGCUUGGGAUGGGCGUGGUCAAGGAUGUGCUUUGUCAAUGUGGAAACGAUGUUGAAAAGGCCUUGGAUGCUUUGCUUGAUAUAUCUUCAUCUUACAAUCAAUCUAUGAAGAGGGAUCAUGGUAAUUAUUCAUUUAAAUUUGCUGAAUUAUCAAGCGGAGCAUCUCAAGAGAAUGACAUUUAUUCAUAUCAGAUUACAGAUAAGACAUCAGACUCGACAUAUCAUCCAUCUGAAAAAGAAAAUGACAUCCUACAGUAUGCGGGAUAUGGUUGCAGGGACAACAAUAGUCAUCUUGUUAAUACUGAGGAGCAACCCCAUUCCAGGUCGAGAGAUAUAAAUCCAGCUCUUCAGCAAAAGGUGCUAGAGUCUUUAUUUAAAAUCCCUGACAGUCCCACAAAUGAAUCAAAUUCUAUGAACUGGAAGAAGCUGGUGCAGCAAGUGGAGUCAUUUGGGCAAGGGCUGGAGUACCGUAAUGGCAACAUUACAGAACCUCUUCUAAAUACGAGUAAAGAAAAUGAGUACCAGGUCUGUCGCAGUGUUGCAAGGAAGCAUUGGGACACAAUGAAAGAUUAUUAUCAGAAAGCUGCAGUGGCAUAUUCAAGAGGGGAACGAGCUCAUGCUACUCAACUUUCAGAAACGGGGAGAAUUCAUCGUGACCUGGCCCGUAAGGAAGAUGAGAAAGCCAGUCGGGAGAUAUUUAAAGCCAGAAACAAAGGUAUAAGAAAUGUAGUCACCAUUGAUCUGCAUGGCCAGCAUGUCAAACAAGGAAUUCAACUUUUGAAGCUUCACCUCAUGUUGUUUACAUAUAUUCCUUCUAUCCAAUUUCUCAAGGUUAUCACUGGAUGUGGUGGGGAUGGUCCUGGAAAUGGAAAACUGAAGCGUACGGUAAUUUCCCUGGUUAAGAGGGAAGGUAUUGAUUGGUGUGAAGAAAAUUCAGGAACUUUGCUACUCAGGCUUGAUGGCCUCAAGGAGUACAAUUUCAUGGAAGAAGAUGACUAUUACUCAGAGUAAGAUUAACUCGUUUGGCAAAUAACCAUUGUAUAUUAGUUCAUCUUUCGCGUAUUAGAGAGCUUGUGCAUAUCUACUGAUGGUAGAUUGACCCAAAAAAAGUUACUGCCAGUAUUCUAAUUUGUUGUACAAUACAUGGAACAUAAAUGGGACUGUUAGUGUAUUUGUAUUGAUUAUAGAGUACUUUAUAAUUUAUGGUCAGACUCUUUUGCUGGUGA